GCAGGCGGCAGCGGCGCUGGCGGCCGAGUGCGCGGGUCACGCGUGGCGGUGCGUGGUUGCUAGGGGCGCCUGAGGCUGCCUGGUAGCCUAGCAGGCCGAGGGAGGAAGUAGCGUGGAGCCGGUGCCGAGCCGGGGCGAAGGUGGAUCCCCUAGACUGACGGACUUCAAGGAUGCAGCUGCUACUACCGGAGGUGUGUGGCACCUUACCUGAGCCAGGCCAUGAGACCGUGUGGCCAUGAUGUGGGCCCCUCAUGGCCUCAGCAGGAGCAGAGCACUACAGUAUUGGCCUCCGCCAGAAAAACAGCUUCAAGCAGAGUGGUCCCUCAGGCACAGUGUCUGCCACGCCACCUGAGAAACCCUCGGAGGGCAAAGUCUGGCCUCAGGCCCAUCAGCAAGUGAAGCCAAUCUGGAAGCUGGAAAAGAAGCAAGUGGAGACACUGUCAGCAGGGUUGGGCCCAGCCCUCUUGGGCAUCCCACCCCAGCCAGCAUAUUUCUUUUGCCCUAGCACUUUAUGUAGCUCUGGGACCACGGCUGUCAUUGCAGGCCACAGCAGUUCCUGUUACCUACACUCUCUCCCGGACUUGUUCAACAGCACCCUCCUAUACCGCCGCUCCAGCUAUAGGCACAAACCCUACCAGCAACUGGAGUCUUUCUGCUUGCGUUCGAGCCCAUCAGAAAAAAGCCCCUUUUCUCUCCCUCAAAAGAGCCUCCCUGUCAGUCUCACUGCCGACAAGGCCACUUCUUCCAUGGUCUUCCCCAUGGCCCAGCCCAUGGCCUCCUCAUCCACAGAACCAUACCUCUGCUUGGCAGCGGCUGGGGAAAACCCUUCAGGGAAAAGCCUGGCGUCUGCCAUCUCAGGGAAGAUCCCAUCUCCACUCUCUUCCUCCUAUAAGCCCAUGCUGAAUAAUAAUUCCUUCAUGCGGCCAAAUAGCACGCAAGUGCCUUUAUUGCAGACCACAGAGGGCCUGAAGCCAGUAUCGCCACCCAAGAUCCAGUCUGUCUCCUGGCAUCAUUCAGGGGGUACUGGAGACUGUGCACCGCAGCCUGUUGACCAUAAGGUGCCCAAAAGCAUUGGCAGUGUCCUAGCUGAUGCCAGUGCCCAUAUCGCCUUGUCUACCCCUAACCCCCAUGACACAUCCACCACCAGUGUUGCCUCUUCCUGGUAUAACCGGAAUAACUUAGCCAUGAGGGCAGAGCCACUUUCCUGUGCUCUGGAUGACAACUCUGAUUCCCAGGCCCCAACUAAGGAGAUUCGGUUCACUGAGGCCGUAAGGAAAUUGACUGCAAGAGGCUUUGAGAAGAUGCCGAGGCAAGGCUGCCAGUUUGAACAGUCUAGUUUCCUGAACCCCAGCUUCCAGUGGAACGUCCUCAACAGGAGCAGGCGGUGGAAACCUCCUGCGGUAAAUCAGCAGUUUCCUCAGGAGGAUGCUGGAUUGGUUGGUCGGGUCCUCCCUGGUGCCUCAGAUACCUUGGGGUUGGACAAUACAGUCUUCUGUACCAAACGUAUCAGCAUUCACCUCCUUGCCUCACAUGCCAGUGGGCUCAAUCACAGCCCUGCCUGUGAAUCUGUAAUUGACCCCCCACCAUUUGGAGAAGGCAAAGCUCCAGGUCCCCCUUCUCCUCAAAUUCUUGGCAUAGCCAACGUGGCUACCCGCCUCUCUUCCAUCCAGCUGGGCCAGUCUGAGAAGGAGAGACCUGAGGAGGCCAGGGAGCUGGACUCAUCUGAUAGGGAUAUUAGUUCAGCUACUGACCUCCAGCCAGAUCAGGCUGAGACUGAAGAUACAGAAGAAGAACUAGUAGAUGGUUUGGAAGACUGUUGUAGCCAUGAUGAGAAUGAAGAGGAGGAGGGAGACUCAGAGUGCUCCUCAUUAAGUGCUGUCACCCCUAGCGAAUCGGUGGCCGUGAUCUCUAGAAGCUGUAUGGAAAUUCUGACCAAACCCCUUUCCAAUCAUGAGAAAGUUGUCCGACCAGCCCUCAUCUACAGUCUCUUUCCCAACGUUCCCCCUACCAUCUAUUUUGGCACUCGGGAUGAGAGAGUGGAGAAACUUCCCUGGGAGCAGAGGAAGUUGCUCCGGUGGAAGAUGAGCACAGUGACCCCCAACAUUGUCAAGCAGACCAUUGGACGGUCCCACUUCAAAAUCAGCAAAAGAAACGAUGACUGGCUGGGCUGUUGGGGUCACCACAUGAAGUCUCCUAGUUUCCGAUCCAUUCGAGAGCAUCAGAAGCUAAACCAUUUCCCAGGCUCAUUCCAGAUUGGGAGGAAGGACCGGCUAUGGCGGAACCUGUCACGCAUGCAGAGCCGCUUUGGCAAGAAGGAGUUCAGUUUCUUCCCCCAGUCCUUUAUCCUGCCCCAGGACGCCAAGCUCCUGCGCAAAGCGUGGGAGAGCAGCAGCCGCCAAAAGUGGAUUGUGAAGCCACCAGCAUCAGCUCGAGGCAUUGGCAUCCAGGUUAUUCAUAAGUGGAGUCAGCUCCCUAAGCGAAGGCCCCUCCUGGUACAGAGGUAUCUACACAAACCCUACCUCAUCAGCGGCAGCAAGUUUGACCUGCGGAUCUAUGUUUACGUCACUUCCUACGAUCCUCUGCGGAUUUACCUCUUUUCGGAUGGACUGGUCCGCUUUGCCAGUUGCAAGUAUUCUCCUUCCAUGAAGAGCCUUGGCAAUAAGUUCAUGCACCUGACCAACUACAGUGUCAAUAAAAAGAAUGCUGAGUACCAGGCCAAUGCAGAUGAAAUGGCCUGCCAGGGCCACAAAUGGGCACUGAAGGCUUUGUGGAACUACCUGAGCCAGAAGGGAGUCAAUAGUGAUGCCAUCUGGGAGAAGAUAAAGGAUGUUGUUGUCAAAACCAUCAUCUCGUCAGAGCCCUACGUGACGAGUCUGCUCAAGAUGUAUGUGCGGCGGCCGUAUAGCUGCCACGAACUCUUUGGUUUUGACAUCAUGCUAGACGAAAACCUCAAGCCCUGGGUCCUGGAAGUCAACAUUUCCCCAAGCCUCCACUCCAGCUCUCCACUGGAUAUCAGCAUCAAAGGCCAGAUGAUUCGUGACCUUCUGAAUCUGGCAGGUUUUGUCCUGCCCAAUGCAGAGGAUGUCAUUUCCAGCCCUAGCAGCUGCAGCAGCUCCACCACCAGCUUGCCCACCUCCCCCGGGGACAAAUGUCGAAUGGCUCCAGAGCAUGUCACUGCACAGAAGAUGAAGAAAGCCUAUUAUCUGACCCAGAAAAUUCCUGAUCAGGACUUCUAUGCAUCUGUGCUGGAUGUUCUGACACCAGAUGAUGUUCGGAUUCUGGUUGAGAUGGAAGAUGAGUUUUCUCGCCGUGGUCAGUUUGAACGAAUUUUUCCUUCUCAUAUCUCCUCUCGCUAUCUCCGCUUUUUUGAGCAGCCACGAUAUUUCAACAUUCUCACCACUCAAUGGGAACAGAAAUACCAUGGCAACAAGCUUAAAGGAGUCGAUCUGCUCCGGAGUUGGUGCUACAAAGGGUUCCACAUGGGAGUUGUCUCUGAUUCUGCUCCAGUGUGGUCUCUCCCGACAACACUUCUGACUGUCUCAAAGGAUGACGUGAUACUCAAUGCCUUCAGCAAAUCGGAGACUAGCAAGCUGGGAAAACACAGCUCCUGUGAGGGAAGCCUACUGCUCUCUGAAGAUGGGACCACACCCAAAUCCAAGAAGACUCAAACUGGCCUUUCCCCUUAUCCCCAGAAACCCAGUUCCUCAAAGGACAGUGAGGACACCAGCAAAGAGCCCAGCCUUUCCACUCAGACGUUACCUGUGAUCAAGUACUCUGGGCGGACUUCAAGACUUUCUACUUCCUCCACUUUCCAGUCAACCAGUGACUCCCUUCUGGCUGUGAGCACAUAAUUGGCCUCUGCUGUUCAGACCAGUCUGAACUCCUACCCCUUUCACCCUGUCCCUCCUCGGAGUAUUUUUUGAAGUGGUUGCAUUACAGAGAUGGGUAUUUGUAGGGCCAGGGGGAUGGUAGUGAUGGGGAGAAGGUGAGGAAGGGUCACCCUUUGUCACCUGUCUGCCUGGCUGGCACCUCAUAUCUCAGCAGAGAAGCCAGUGGUGGCCACGCAGCCUUAUAAAGCAGGUUUUCGUUUCUACCUUAA